AUGUGGACUCCCCUUGCUCUCCUCGCCCUCGUUGCCCCCGCGCUCGCGGUCCCCUGCGGCAAGAACUUCACCAUCACGUCUGCCAACAAGGGCGAUGCCUGUCUCGGUGCCACCUAUGACAGCGGCUUUGCUACCGUAUCGAAGUGCAACGGUAGCCCCGGACAGACCUGGAUGUGGGAUGGCCUGAAGAUCUACAACUAUGUCGGCCCUGCCAACAACAGGGCUUGCCUGACUUUCAGCCCCUCCGUCGUCCUCGACCUCCGUGACGGCAAGACCGACGGCGGUGUCGCUCAGGUCUACAGGCAGACCCCUGGUAACACCAACCAGAAGUGGAUCCUGAAGGCCAUCUGA